UGUCGAAGUGCAGAGAGCCUUGUGCUGAAAUGGUCCAAGAAAUCCGUACAUGCGUUCCUCUAAGUUGAAUGCAGCUGAAACGGCUCACUCCUUUUGGUUGCUGCCAUCUCGCAUCAACUGUCCGACUCCAAAACUCGACUCGCCUCCACAUGUACUAACACCGCGUCGUCAUUUUGCCUGCCCGCCUGCCUGCCUGUCACUUUGCCAUUAACGAAACUUUUACCUCUUAUCUCUUUUCUUGCGAUCUCUCCUGAUUUCAAAGAAAGUUGCCGGAUCUUUUUUGCCUUUGAUAUCUUUUUUCUUCUUUUUUCCCUUUCGGGUUCCAAAGGCAUCGUGACUAUGAUGUGGGGUUCUCCACCAAUACCUGCACAAACGCGGGUGGCCACCAUGGCAGAAAAAUGUGAGAGUCUCAGCAGGGUUUUGGCUUGUAAAACUGGUGGAGGUGGUGGUAGGACUGGUGCUGGGUUUCCAUCGUUUCUUCCUAAGGAGGUUGAGAAAAUCAAAGACCCUUUUGCCAGAACUUUGGCUCAGAGGAUAGAGAGGCUUCCUGUACAGAUAGGAAUCUCCGAAAGUUGCAUAAUGAGUAGCUGCGUAAAACCAAUUAUUCAAAGGGAGACCAAUCCAAUGGUUCUCCUACAUUGCUUUGACAGUUCUUGUUUAGAAUGGAGGUGCACAUACCCCUUGCUUGAAGAGGCUGGUCUGGAGGUUUGGGCCAUCGAUGUUCUUGGAUGGGGCUUCUCUGAUUUAGAGAGGCUUCCACCAUGCAACGCGGCAUCCAAGCGUCACCACCUCUAUCAGCUUUGGAAGUCCUACAUCAAAAGGCCAAUGAUAUUAGUUGGACCAAGCCUCGGUGCCGCUGUUGCAAUUGACUUUGCCGUCAAUUAUCCAGAAGCAGUUGAAAAACUGGUUUUGAUUAAUGCAAGUGUGUAUGCAGAAGGUACAGGAGACCUAGCUAAGUUACCUACAAUAGUAGCACAUGGUUUGGUUUCUUUAUUGAAAAGCAUCCCACUCCGCCUUUAUGCAAAUAUACUGGCCUUCAAUGGUAUUUCAUUAGCCACAAGCUUAGAUUGGACCAAUGUUGGCCGCUUACACACUCUACUUCCUUGGUGGAAAGAUGCAACCAUUAAUUUUAUAUGCAGCGGAGGAUACAAUGUUAUAUCCCAAAUAAAACAGGUAAAGCAGAAAGCACUUAUCAUUUGUGGUGAGCGUGAUCAGAUAAUUGGCUACAAGCUAGCAGUGGUUAGUUUUUUGGCUUUUAGCACCUUACAUAUGAGAUCCUUUUUUUUUUUUUUUAUAAUGACCAAUAUCACGAAAUAGAAUUUCUAGAUCGAGGCCAUCCCUCUGUCUUCCUAUAAUUUAAAAGCAAAAAAUUACAAGGUCUUUUGAUCAUAAAAUUAAGUACCCCUUGCUUGUCAGCCAUUACUGUUCUAUUAACUUUAGAUACUUGGACUGUUUCUAAGAUGUGAAGACAAUAUGGGUUUCUUGCCUAAUGCUAUGUGUCUGAAUAUUCUCCUUAAAACUCCCUUCACUUUGAGGACUCAGUACUUUCAAACUCAAGACAGAAAUAAAUCAUGUUCCAAGUCUUGCACUUGGGUUGGUAACUCUGCAGCAGUCACUGCAAUAAUAAGAAGCUUGCCACCUUGAAAUAAAUGAUAAAAUGCAUUCUUCCUUUAUAGUUUUCAUCCUUGCACCCUAGAACUUGGUUGAAGUUAAGGUCAUAAGCUAUUAGAAAUAGGCUUGAAUCUUUAUUACACUCGUAAUACUGUCAACAGUUUU